UGCUCAUAUUGGAAAAUGUGCACAUCUGCUUUGUGGCUCGUGUGUUUUAGCUUGCUGUUCACCUCCUCUCUAAGCUGCUAUCAGUGCUUUGUUGAUGUGCAAGACAGUCUUCGUCUGUGUUGGGGUCACAUUUCGACGGAGCACAAUAUUAGAAAUGUUGACGCCUGCUUCAGGAAGCUGGAGCGUAUAUUCAACAACAAUGAGAUAGUGAUUGAGGCUGGCAGAGUAGGUAAAGGUUAUGACAAGCGGCUGAAGGAACUUUUGGAUGCAGAGAUCCUGCCCAUGGUAGAAGAAUUUGACCAAAAGCUGAAUGACGACACAGUGUAUGAGGAAAGGUUGCAGACAGCGGCGGACAAUUUCAUCGCAGCUGCCUCCAAACUGCCUAGAGAAACAAGAUAUCUUUAUCAGUAUCUGUAUCAACAUAUCAGCAUUAGUUUAAUGCCUCCAUCAGGUUUUCAGAGUGCAGGUGCAGUAUACAACUGUAUUACCUGCCAAUAUGACUCCUGUGAAUUCCCUCUCGACUGUCCAGUUAAAGAAAUUAAAGUAAUGGAGAACAGCAGGAGCCGAAUCUGGUGCAAUGUGCCGUUUCACCUUCCAGACGACAUCGAGGUAAUCUGGAGGUUUGCAGAAGAGGUGAAAACCCAGCAGCUGGAUCAGUUUAAAGAAAUGACUGCAGGGGUGGACAGGCUCUAUUCUAUCCCUUCGGCCAGCUUGCAGCACCAGGGCACCUACCUGUGUGAGAUUUACUCAGGCCAACGCUCCAUUCUGAGACAAUACUACUAUCUCACAGUGACCCCCCAGGUUGUGGCAGGCCACACAGAGCUGCAGGAGAUAUUCGACCUGUCUCUGCUCUCAGGAGGGCGGUUACUCCCUGCGCCUGGUGGUCCUCCCUGCUGUCCUCUUCUCACUUCGCCACUGCUUCUCACAGUCUGUUUAACUGCAUUGCUGCUGAUGCUAUUCCUCUCCCUGGGGGUUCUGUAUCGGUCAUUAAAACCAGAGAAAACAAGUCUUUCAGAAGAAGCGGAUAGAGAUGAAGAUUUAGGAUUCUGAGAGUUCAAAAGCUACAUAUAGUGCAAUAAAGGC